UAAAAUAUUUGGAGCAUCCUCUGCUACUGGUCAGGAGGAGCCACCUACCUCCCCUGCUACACAUGACUCUGCUGGAAUAGUCUCAGAGCCUCAGGAUGAGGACCAGCCAUCUACCUCAUCAGCUACACAGGCCUCUUCUGGAAUGGUCCUUCAGGAUGAGCUACCAUCAAUCUCCUCAGCUACACAAAUAUCUGAUAUUGAAGAUGAAGACCUCUUUGCCUGUACUUCUCCCCAGCAUGAGCCUUCAGAAAUGCAUGGAGCUGAACCCCCACUGAGCCUCACUGUUGAGGAUGAGCCUCUCUCAACCGACCCUGCUAACUGGCCCUCACAUCUGACUGACAGUAUUCGGACUGAGCUGGUUCGCAGAGGACCAAGUAAGGUUCCACCUGGCUUUGUUUUCCGUAGAAAUAAGAGUGAUGGGAGAUGUUGCCACCACCAAUAUUUUAUGAAGACAUUAGUAAGUGGUGAAAAGAUGGCAAGAAGUUGGCUGAUUUAUUCAAUGACGAACAACAGCCUAUUUUGCUUCUGCUGCAAUUUUUUUUCCAAGAGGAACAUUAAUUUAAGUGCAGCAGGGAUGGCAAAUUGGAAACAUGCAAGCGAUUACCUCACAUCCCAUGAAAACAGUAUUGAACACCUCAAUUGCAUGAAAGCAUGGAAGGAACUGUCUGUCAGGUUACAAAGUGGGAAAACUAUUGAUAACCUGGAGAUGGCACUUCUGGAGGCUGAGAGGGUCAGAUGGAGAGAAGUGCUGACACGUCUCACUGCUAUUGUGCAGUCACUGGCAGUUCGAAAUUUGGCUCUAAGGGGACACACAGAAACAUUGUUUACACCAUCAAAUGGACAUUUUCUCAAAGAGGUUGAACUUAUGGCCAUGUUUGAUCCUAUUAUGAAAGAACACCUUCACCGUGUUGAAAGAGGAACAAGUCAAAACAGCUACCUAGGCCAUCAUGUGCAGAAUGAGCUGAUUGAAUUGUUGAGCAGCCAAAUCAUCUCUGCUAUAGUGGAUGAUAUCAAGCAGGCAAAGUUUUUUUCUGUGAUUCUGGACUGCACCCCAGAUAUAAGCCACAUAGAACAGUUGUCAGUGGUCAUUAGAGUAGUGUCACUGAUGGAGAAGCCCCAUGUCAUGGAACAUUUUAGGGGAUUUUUGGAGGCAGAGGAGUCCACAGGCCAGAACUUGGCAUCCAUGAUCCUGACGAAACUUGAGGACUUGGGAAUUCCUUUUCAAGACUGCAGAGGACAGUCAUAUGACAACGGGGCAAACAUGAGGGGCAAAAAUAAGGGAGUUCAAGCCAGGCUCUUUGAAAAGAAUCCCAGAGCUCUCUUUGUGCCAUGCGCCGCGCAUACAUUGAAUUUGGUUGUGUGUGAUGCUGCUAAGAGAUCUGUUGAUGCUAUCAGUUACUUUGGUGUCCUGCAAAAGCUAUACACAUUAUUUUCAGGCUCCACCCAAAGAUGGGCCAUACUGAAGAAGCAUGUGGGCAUCACUUUAAAGAUGUGGGCAGAAACAAGGUGGGAGAGCAAGGUCAAAGGUGUUGAGCCCAUGAGGUACCACGGAGCUGCCGUGAGAGAGGCUUUAAUUGAGGUGAGAAACCACACCAAAGACCCUGCUGUAAAGGCUGAGGCCCAGUCUUUGUCUGAGGAGGUGGGGUCAUACCGCUUCAGUAUUUGCACAGUUGUUUGGUAUGACAUGCUACCUUCAAUACAGCAUGCCAGCAAACUCAUGCAGUCUCCUGAUAUGCAUGUGGACCUGGCUGUGAGUCUUUUGAAGAAGACUGAGCAAGGUCUCCAGAGCUACAGGGCAAGUGGCUUUGUGACUGCACAGAUGGCGGCGAAAGACAUUUGUGAAGAAAUUAAUGUGGAGGCUGUUUUAAAACAAAAAAGGCUGAGGUCUACAAGUCUAAGUGCUACUUAGACUUAGAGGUCUAAGUGCUACUCCUCAUAUGACUCACAUGAUGAGCCUAUCAGCGAUGCACUUAAGAAGUUGGAGGUUGGAUUCUUCAAUGUUGUCGUUGAUGCAGCCACAUCAGCCAUCAAGGAGAGAUUUUCCACAUUGGAAAAUGUGGGAAAUAAAUUCAGGGUGUUGACACAUUUCCCAAGUCUUGCAGAUGAAGAGCUGGUAGAGCAAUGCGAGGCACCACACUGCACUUAAGGGGGCACUCUGAUUUGGACAGUAGAAAGCUUGUGCAGGAAAUUAAGAACUUCCCUGACCUGCCAUCAAAGACCAUGAGCCUCUUUGAGCUAAUCACUUUUGUGCAUGACAAGGAUCUAUCAGAGAUCUACCCCAACUUUUGGACUGCUCUCAGGAUUGCACUUACUCUGCCAGUCACUGUGGCUCAAGCAGAGAGGAGCUUUUCCAAACUGAAGUUGAUCAAGUCAUACCUUUAGGUCAACCAUGUCCCAGAAACGGCUCACUGCCCUUGGUGUCAUCAGCAUCAAUCAUUCAAUAGGGGAGCAGAUUUCAAAGACAUUAUUGAUGAUUUUGCAUCAAGGAAGGCCAGAAACGUCAGAUUUUAGAUUUUGUUUGUGUUUUCUGUUCUUAGUGCAAUAGUGAAACAGUUCGAUUGUAUUUAGUGUGUUUCCACAUUUGUGUGAUGAAGAAUUUGUGCUAUUUACAAUAUUUAUUCUAUAUUUUAUUUGUAUAUUGUUCUUUUGUAUUGUAUAUUUUGUGCAAAUGUGUGUUUCCUGUUGUAAUUGCUCAAAGGUGGUCUCGCCCUGGGCGCCAUUAAAUGCAGAACCGCCCCUGCCCACAAUGUAAAAAGUAGUGACGUGGGUCGACGUGGCGCUGGGGUGAGGGUGGGGAGAGAGUGCGCCGGGAACUGCAAGGUUGGCGGUUUGACCUCCGGCUGCUCCAUGUCCCAUGUCAAAGUGUCUCUGAGCAAGACACCUAUCCCCCAAUUGCUCCCCGGGCAAAAAUGUAAAAAAGCCAUGGGUUAAAAAUGCAAUGUAAGUCACUUUGGAUAAAGGCGUCAGCUAAAUGAGGUGUAAUGUAUGAAAUACCCUCAAUUUGAUUUUUGGAUGUUGUCAUGGCACGUGACACGUGACAGCAUUUAAAGCCCUCACUGUCACAAUGAGGGCUUCAUGGAUGCAUCAUCAUCCAAUGAGAAUAAUGAUCUCAACUCUUUCAGAGUACGUAGACAGUGGACGCUCGGCUGCAGUGUGUGGUGUUCAUCACGUAACGUUUCGGCUCGGGAAAAUCUUCUUGUAAAUGAUCCCUUGUCCUCAGCAUCUAUAGCACUCGUACAGGACGUCAUCGCGGCUUAAGUCUGUCCCUAUAAAACGUUUAUCUAACUGAUAUCGCUCCUUCAUCAAUGAGGAAGGGAGCUGCCUUUUUUCCGGGGGAGAGAUGAAGUAAUCCAGCAGCUCAAAUGAACCUGCGCCGCAGCAGGUUCAAGUUUUUCAAUGUGUUGCUAUGGUGAUUUAGACAAACCUGCUUCGGGGAACCGAAAAACCUGAUCUACGUCAUCUCAUCCUGAAAAGUAUCCGGCUAACUCAGUUAGCCACGUACGAGGAAUAGCGCUCUGGAGAAAGAAGGGGAAGAUCAAAGCAAAUACCAAAAAUUAUGCUCCCAAUUUAUUAAAAUCGUUUGACCAUUUUAUGUCAUUUCUAAUUGUGCUGUCCUCGCUAAAAGUUGUUGAAAGACAAAACAUUUUUCUAACUAUACAGCCAGCUUGACAUAUAUUUUUCAGCACCGUAUUCUCCAAGGAACAGACGAUGGUUGUGUUGGCCGGCUUUAAUGCAGGAAAAUGUGGAUUUGUAAAACUGAAAAGAGCACAAUACAAAAG